AUGCGCACUCUCACGCGCACUCACGCGCACUCUCACGCUCGCACUCUUACGCGCUCUCUCACGCGCACUGUCACAAGCUCUCUCGCGCGCACUUUCAUGCGCUCUCUCACACGCACUCUCACACGCACUCUCACGCGCACUCUCACGUGCUCUCACAUGCCCUCUCACGCGGCCUCUCACGUCGCCUCUCACGCGCACUCUCACGCGCUCUCUCACGCGCUCUCUCACGCGCGCUCUCGCGCGCACUCUCACCCGCUCACUCACGCUCUCUCUCACAUGCCCUCUCACGCGGCCUCUCACGCGCACCCUCAUGCACACUCUUACGCGCUCUCUCACGCGCACUUUCACGCGCACUCUCACGGGCACUCUCACGGGCACUCUCACGCGCGCACUCUCAUGCGCUCUCUCACGCUCUCUCUCACGCGCUCUCUCACGCGCACUCUCACGCGCACUCUCACGCGCACUCUCACGCGCACUCUCACGCGCACUCUCACGCGCACUCUCACGCGCACUCUCACGCGCUCUCUCACGCGCUCUCUCACGCGCUCUCUCACGCGCUCUCUCACGCGCUCUCUCACGCGCUCUCUCACGCGCUCUCUCACGCGCUCUCUCCUGCGCUCUCUCCUGCGCUCUCUCCUGCGCUCUCGCUCCCGCUCUCCCUCGCGCUCCGUCUCUCCCCUUCUUCAAAUGAAAGUGCAAUGCAAGAAAAAACCAAUCGACACCCAAAAAAUAACUAAGUGA